GCGGCAUAAAAAGUCGUUGCACACUUGUUUAUUAUUCUUCUUGUUUGUGUGCGACGACACGACGGGUUGUCCUUUCUCUCUCAGCGCAACCCGUUCCUCUUGUUGCUGCCUCUUCCCUUAUGCCCACGCAGCAGCCGUGAACAAACAAACCAAACAGCAACAACACAGCGACAACAACAGAAGCAACAACGGGCAACAACAUUCCAUUGCAGGGAAGGACAGGCAGGCACACGCACGCACGCACAACAGCAGCGAUUGUGUGCACGACGGCAUUGGACAAGAACAAGGAACACCAGCAGUAGAUCUGUCGCUUGAACGCGGCCAGAGACCGUGUUCACACGCAAACAAGCGCGCGCACGCACACGCACAUUGUGUGCUUGGACAAGACAAGGAACGAGGAGGGUGCUGGCAGCGGCAUGACGGCUGCCUGUCGUGUGUCGCGCCGUUCACAGCGGCGCUGGCACGCGAUGCCGGCAGCAAAGCUACUGCUGGUGAUGGGUGGCACACUGCUGGUCGCCGGCUUGCUCUGUGCCACGAUCCCACAACCAGCAGCCGCUGCGCCGGUGCCAACGCAAGCUUCCAACGCAACCUCUUCUUCUCUCUCACCCUCAACAGCAACAACAACAACAACAACAACAACAACAACAACAACAACAACAACAACAACUACAACAACAACUACAACUACAACUACAACAACUACAACGGCGAGGACCGUGCUUCCUACGGACGAUGAUGACGACCACAGCCAUGGCCACGGCCAACACAAUGGGAAUGAAACCGGUGCACACUCGUCCUCAUCAUCAGCUUCCCACUCGGCGUCACCGUCUGCGGCAACAACAGCAAACGCUUCUGCGCACGCGACCCCGCCUGCUGCAAUCACAAGCCCAGGGCCAUGCUCAUGUCCAAACUCUUCAUCGCAGAGCAAGAGCACUGCAAAGACCAUCAUCAUCUCAGUCACUGUGCUGAUUGGGUUGCUGGUAUUGGCCUUCAUCACAAUCAAGACUGUCAGCAUGCGCACCGCCAACCGCACUCAGCCCAUGCAAGACGACGACGGCGAGCAGGACAGACCGAACCCGUUUGCGCUGAACCCCGAGGGCUACUGCGAGCUGCAUGUCAUGCUCGAGGAGGGCCGCGAAGACGAGUUCAUCCAGUGCAUUCGCAGCGCUCUCGCAAGCCUGGAGGUUGAUCGCUUCCACGAGAACAGCAAGCGCAGCUCCAUCGUGGACAUGUGCGACCGCUUUGGAAAGCCUCUCAUCACAUGGGCCAUCUCCUGUGAACGCUACCACGCCGCAAGAUUCCUGAUUGACCGCGGGUGCAACGUCAACCUGCCCGACAUGCACGGGUUCACACCCCUGCACACGGCGUGUCUCAACAGCACGCCUCCCGCUGUUGUGGCGCAGCUGCUGCUGGACAACAACGCCAACAUCGACGCGGUGGACCACAGGGGCCGCACAUGCAUUGCCACGGUCGCCGCAACAGGAAACUACCACCUCGCGAGUCUUUUGCUGGAGCGCAAGGCCGACCUGAACCAGGCAGAUUUCAUGGGCGUGACACCGCUGCUUGCCGCUGCUGCCAACGGCCACGCGAGCAUUGUGGAACUCAUUGUCACGAAGCGGAACUCAUCCGUCGCCAUGCGCGACAACGCGGGCAACUCCGCCCUGCACUGGGCAUGCCGCGUUGGCGCAGAGGAAUGCGUCAACGUUCUCCUCAACGCUCACAAAGUGAGCAUCACGGCGGUGAACAACAACCACGAGAACGCACUGCACCUCGCAGCCAAGGAAGGCAACACCAGCAUUGUCAGGGAGCUGUUGUACCACCGCAUUGACCGCCGCGGGACAAUGCAGGCCAAGUGCAUCAAAGAUGUGCGGGAGAUGGUCACCCACCUCUCAAACGCAAUGGAGCUGCCGGUGCACUAUGCACGCAAAAACAACCACUCGGACAUUGUCGAUGUGAUUGACGCGUGGCAGCGAAAGUACAUCCCAUCAGCGGAUACAGGCAGCUCCGUGUCAACAUCCCCUGCACCUGCCAGACGCAAGGGCCGCCGCAGCAAGGCCUCGUCCCCUGCCAAGGUGCGACAGCGCCGCAAACAACAACAACAGCAACAGCCACUGGGGCGGGUGAAGGAGGAAGAAGUGAUUGAGCUGCCGCCUGUUCGUCGCUCGUCGUCGUCGUCGUCACGACGCGGCCACCACCGCUCCGGGUCGCGGUCCCGUUCGCACUCGCGAUCCAGUUCCCGUUCCCGUUCCCGCCACCGCACGGCCAGCGGCGCUGUUGGCACAAUAGGGCGGCGCAAGACCCUGGCCACCGCCACGGCAUCCAACACCACGCGGGCGAGCGCGCGUGCAAACUCGCUCGGUGGCGAUAACGACACGCUGGUUGGUGCUGGGCUCGCGCCACGCAGGCGCUGCCGUACAAGCACGGCGGCGACAGGGCUGACGCGGGUUGGGGGCAUGGCAAGCGUUCCGGAGAUGGUGGGUGAGGACGUGAACGUGUUUGAAGGGGAUGAUGGCGCCGGUGGUGAGCGCGUUGUGCUGCCUGGUGCCGUUGUUGCUUCUACUGCUGCUUCUACUGCUGCAACUACUACUACUGCUGCUGCUGCUGGCACGACAGGCCCGUCACCACCACCGUCGUCGUCAUCGUCGUCAUCAACAUCAUCGCUGCACAUACGUGCGCGCACGGGCUCCAUGAGCAUGUUGGUGGAGGAGGACGAGGAGGAUGACCACGACCACGACCACGCUCGUGAUGACACGCAUGAUGAUGUCGAUCACGAGGACGGUCACGCUACAGCGGCAUCAGCCUCAACCCCGGCCGGCUCAGACAAGAGCAGCAGCCGUGGCAGCCGUGGCAGCAGUCGUGGUGAACGCACGGGGCAUCGUGGUCGGCGAACAAACACGCGCGGCAGUGAUGGUGGCCAUGGCACCGAUGGUCGUGGUGGACUCGGUACCCGCCGCCACGCCGCCAGCGCCAGCCCCACGGGCACGCACAACCCGCGCAAGCGUGCAAACAGGACGCCCAGCACACUGUCAUCCACAGCUGCGGCCACAGCGGCUUCGGCCAUGAUGGCAACCACCUCCUUCUCAACUAUGGGCACCAGCGACAGUGCCUGCAAGCAACCGGAGCCAGUGCUGCCCCCACGUCGUCGCCUGCCGCCGCCACUGGUACGUCGACAGUCUGGUGGACGAACGGUUGCCGCGGCCCCAGGAUCACUACCGCCACCGCCACAACCCCCAUCAUCAUCAUCAUCAUCAUCAUCAUCAUCAUCAUCCACAACCACAGCACAGCGUGCUGGUGCUAGCCACGCGUGGACCAACAACAGCGCAACACUGCACGCGCCCAACGACGUGGAUAAUGGUGGUGGCCUGCCUCUUGACCUGUUUGCUGCCGUGAGUCGGGCAGAUGAGCCGAGCACAACGGCUGCGUGUGGGGUUGGUGCUGCGCUGAUGGCUGUGGAUGGCCACGCUGAUGACGGCAUGCACGCUCACGCCGGUGACGUGCAGGCGCAACCGCACUUCAAGCUGCGCUCGUACAACCGUCGCCGCACCCACGGCCGCCACCGCACGCCAUACCACGUGUACCAGGAGCGACGCCUGCCCACGCUUGACGAGCACCCACACGCGCGCACAUGGAUGGACGAGGAACACCCCGGAACCGCCCAGCAGCUGUCGUCAACACAUGUGCCGGGCAUGUGGGAUGAGGUGGACUUUGCAAUGCCGCCGCUGCACCAAGACGGAAAGGGCGCACAGGCGGUGCACAUUGAUUUUGGGCACAGCAGCCACCACCUCGGUGACGACGACCACGACUACGACUUUGGUGAUGCGCAGGAUGCGGAGGGCUACACGUCGGCCGCGUAUGCGCAGCUGUUUGCAAAGCACGAUGAGAGCGAGCCGUUUAUGCCAAGCACGCCCUCGAUGCUGCUGGAACCAACAACAGCAACAACCACAGCAGCAGUGGCAGGGGGCUUGGGCGCUGGCGAUGGUGGUGCAGACGACUUUGACGCGUUUAUGAGCGGCCGCAGCCCUGGGCAGGCGAGCCGCGGCAGCAGAGGAAGCAGCAGCACCGGUGGCGUUGGCCGCACGCCCGGCUCGGAGGACGGUUCGGAGAACCUCAGUCAUGACGCAAUGCAGCCUGGCCAGGCUGGCGGCAUGCACGCGUUUGACACGGGCGUGUUCAGUGACACGUGGCGCAGCAGCGAGCGGCAGCGGUACACGUCGCCUGCCGAGAUGGACCACCCGGCAUUCACCAACCCAAACGUCGACUACGACAACGUGCAGGAGAUGCUACACCACCAACUGCAGGGCGUGGGGGACUUUGACGACGCACACGAGUACGAUCGCGCAACCGACCUCCCUGACGCUGAUGACGUGGAUGGUGCUGGUGGCGGCAGGAGGCUGGCUGGCCCACGAUCGAAUGGCGAAGUCAAUGACGAUGACGAUGAUCACGACGACGAUGACGAUGACGAUGAUGAUGAUGAUGAUGAUGAUGAUGGUGAUGGUGAUAAUGGUGGUGGUGGUGAUUACGAGCGCAUUUCCAACCUGCCCCUGCCAGAUGCGUUUGCCAACCCGGAUGCAGCACCGCCACACCACCGGGGCCACAGUGAGGCCGCCUUCACGUCAUCUGCUGAUUCCGUGACGAGCCUGCCCGAUCUCCACCUCACCCCGCACGAGCGCGCACACCUCUCCUCGGCCAUCAGCCCAGGCACCAGCGCAACCGGGCCCACGCCAGCGGCCAUGAUGGCGACAAAGCCAGGUCGCCAGGCUGGUGGCGUAAGGCUGCAUCGUGACAUGUCGCUCAGCCCGCACCCGCGCACGAGUGAUUCGGGUGCAGAGACAGCGGACAGCGCGUCGUGGAGCCAGGGUGCCCGCACACCGAGCAGACCCUCGUCGUCAUCCAAGGCCGUGCGUGAUGGAAGCGGCCGUGGUCGCCGCGGCAGUGGCGUCGUCGGUGCCGCUGGCGAGCGUGUGAGGCGUGUGUCAGAGCUGUAUGACGACGAUGAUGAUGACGAUGAUGAUCGCCAUCACAACAACGACAGCGGUGACAUUCGCGCCCGCGGCGCUGGUCGUGGCGUUCCUGGCCCUAGCGACGGCGCGCCUCGCCUGGGCGGCAUGAUUGUUCCUGGCGGCGCAGACUACGCCUUUGCCGGUGCCCUGGGCCUGGACGACGUGGAAGGGCCAUUUGUCGGCAACCCAGGGUUCAUGGCACAGCGCCAGCACGGCCAACAACAACAGCAACAGAUCAAGCACGUUGUCGGCGGCCAUAAUGUCGCGUCCAGAACCUGA